AUGGCUGGCAUCAAUCCCGAAGUUCCUCUGCAUCUGGCUCAGGCAGCCAUCUUCACUGGCAAAGGCUUCAGAAACGCUGAAGAUUAUGCUCGCUAUCUCAUCAAAUUCCAAGAUCGCCCUCUGUGUCCCUCCAUUUCUCUUGAUCCGGCUCGAUUCAAUCGAUAUGACAUGAACAUUCCUGGGUUAAUCAAUGCUGUGGGAUGGUCGAAUCUUCCUCUGGAUCAAUGCUACAGCUUUCGUCCAGAGGCUGUCCGCAUGUUUUAUGCUAACAUGCAACCCUGCUUCAACACGGAUCCUCCUACUUUCACCACUGUGGUGUAUAACUAUUUGAUCACUGUCACGGUGGACAUCCUGUCCUAUCUCCUUGGGUAUCCGGUUGCUGGUGCUGAGGUUCUGGAUGAAGGCGACUUCCAGGAAGCUGGCUUCAAUGAAGUUGAAGCUAUUCGUCUGUACACCAGGGAUACAGGUGAAUAUCAUUCGUCUCAACUUGCCACUGGACGUCUUCCUGAUGAUCUCAAAGUACUUCAUUUCUUCAUCACUAGGGUUUUCUUCCCUCGUUCUCAUGGGCUCAAUAGGAUUUAUCCUAUGGACAUGUGGAUUUUGGCUAGUGCCAAAGAAAAUCGUCCUAUCAGCUAUCCUCAUCUCAUGUUUAGUCACAUGCUUCACUACUGUGAUGACAAUUAUAAUGAGGAACUCCCCUUUGCUCCCCAAAUCACUAUGCUGCUUCGUGGCCUGGGUAUUGAUCUUCGCUACAAAGUGGCUCGGGUUGACCUAAUCGAUACUCUUCGUGCUCAGUUUGUCCUUCGCAAAGUGAAUGCCUUUGUUGGUCGUAGGCGUCCUCGUGUCAAUGCUUCAGGGGGAGAAGGGACUGUAGUAGUUCCUGCUGUGCCCUUAGAAAUUGACACAGUUGAUGAAGCUGUUCCAGAGGAACCAUUAGCAGUUGAAAGCUCUGAUGAUGGUGAAGAAGGACUCAGUAUUGCCGACCUGGAAGAUGGGCUGGGUGAAAAUGAUGGAGAAAUCUCGGACUACCUGUCAUCUCCAACCUUUGAAUUCUAA